CGGCGGGGCGGGGGGGCUGGGGGGAGGGGCGUCAAGAUGGCGGCGGGGAGGUAGGCAGAGCCGGACGCCGCUGCUGCCGCCGCCACCGCCGCCUCCGCUCCAGUCGCCUCUAGUUCUUCAAGCUCUCGCCACCCGGUAGGAGCUGUUCCGGCGUCGGAUCCCGCGGGGAAAAUGGUGGAGCCAGGGCAAGAUUUACUGCUUGCUGCUUUGAGUGAGAGUGGAAUUAGUCCAAAUGACCUCUUUGAUAUUGAUGGGGGAGAUGCAGGGCUUGCAACUCCAACACCUACUCCUACAGUUCAGCAGUCCGUGCCACUUAGUGCAUUAGAACUAGGUUUGGAGACUGAAGCAUCGGUUCCUGUUAAACCAGAACCAGAGACGCUACCUGCUCCGGCGCUGUUAAAUGUCCGGCAGCAGCCUCCAUCUACUACAACAUUUGUGCUGAAUCAAAUAAAUCAGCUUCCAACCCUGGGAUCUACAAUUGUAAUGACUAAAACACCACCUGUAACAACGAAUAGGCAGACCAUCACCUUAACAAAGUUCAUCCAGACUACUGCAAACACACGCCCUUCAGUCUCCGCACCAGCAGUACGAAAUGCCAUGACCUCUGCACCCUCAAAGGACCAGGUUCAGCUGAAGGAUCUGCUAAAAAAUAAUAGUCUGAAUGAGCUCAUGAAACUGAAGCCGCCGGCCAAUAUUGCGCAGCCAGUGGCAACCGCAGCUACUGAUGUAAGCAAUGGUGCAGUAAAGAAAGAGUCUUCUAAUAAAGAAGUAGCAAGAAUAUGGAUAAACGACAUGAAAAUGAGGAGUUUUUCUCCAACCAUGAAGGUCCCUGUUGUGAAAGAGGAAGAUGAACCGGAGGAAGAAGAUGAAGAAGAAAUGGGUCACGCAGAAACCUAUGCAGAGUAUAUGCCGAUAAAAUUAAAAAUUGGCCUACGUCAUCCAGAUGCUGUAGUGGAAACAAGUUCUUUAUCCAGUGUUACUCCUCCUGAUGUUUGGUACAAAACAUCCAUUUCUGAAGAAACCAUUGAUAAUGGCUGGUUGUCAGCGUUACAGCUGGAGGCAAUUACUUAUGCAGCCCAGCAACAUGAAACAUUCCUACCUAAUGGAGAUCGUGCUGGCUUCUUGAUAGGUGAUGGUGCUGGUGUGGGGAAAGGAAGGACAAUAGCGGGAAUUAUCUAUGAAAAUUACUUGUUGAGUAGAAAAAGAGCAUUAUGGUUCAGUGUUUCAAAUGAUUUAAAGUAUGAUGCUGAAAGAGAUUUGAGGGAUAUUGGAGCAAAAAACAUUUUGGUUCAUUCAUUAAACAAGUUUAAAUAUGGAAAAAUUUCUUCCAAACAUAAUGGGAGCGUCAAAAAGGGUGUCAUUUUUGCUACCUAUUCUUCCCUUAUUGGUGAAAGUCAGUCUGGCGGUAAAUAUAAAACUAGAUUAAAACAACUUCUGCAUUGGUGCGGUGAUGACUUCGAUGGAGUGAUAGUGUUUGAUGAAUGUCAUAAAGCAAAAAACUUAUGUCCUGUUGGUUCUUCAAAGCCAACCAAGACAGGCUUAGCAGUUCUAGAGCUUCAGAACAAAUUGCCAAAGGCCAGAGUUGUUUAUGCUAGUGCCACUGGUGCUUCUGAACCACGAAACAUGGCCUAUAUGAACCGUCUUGGAAUAUGGGGUGAGGGAACUCCAUUUAGAGAAUUCAGUGAUUUUAUCCAAGCAGUAGAACGGAGAGGUGUUGGUGCCAUGGAAAUUGUUGCUAUGGAUAUGAAGCUUAGAGGAAUGUACAUUGCUCGACAGCUGAGCUUUACUGGAGUGACCUUCAAAAUUGAGGAAGUUCUUCUUUCUCAGAGCUAUGUGAAAAUGUAUAACAAAGCAGUCAAGCUGUGGGUCAUUGCCAGAGAGAGAUUUCAGCAAGCCGCAGAUCUGAUUGAUGCUGAGCAACGCAUGAAGAAAUCCAUGUGGGGUCAGUUCUGGUCUGCGCACCAGAGAUUUUUCAAAUACUUGUGCAUAGCAUCCAAAGUUAAAAGGGUUGUGCAACUAGCUCGAGAAGAAAUCAAGAAUGGAAAAUGUGUUGUAAUUGGUCUGCAAUCAACAGGCGAAGCUAGAACAUUAGAAGCCUUGGAAGAGGGUGGAGGAGAAUUAAAUGAUUUCGUUUCAACUGCCAAAGGAGUGUUGCAGUCACUUAUUGAAAAACACUUCCCAGCUCCAGACCGGAAGAAACUUUAUAGUUUGCUAGGAAUUGAUUUGACAGCUCCAAGUAACAAUAGUUCUCCAAGAGAUAGUCCUUGUAAAGAAAAUAAAGUAAAGAAGCGGAAAGGUGAAGAAAUAACUCGAGAAGCCAAGAAAGCGCGGAAAGUAGGUGGCCUUACUGGUAGUAGUUCCGAUGAUAGUGGAAGUGAAUCGGACGUAUCUGAUCAUGAAGAAAGUGACUAUGAGAGCUCGAAAAACAUGAGCUCCGGAGACGACGAUGAUUUCAACCCAUUCAGAGAUGAGUCUAGUGAGGAUGAUGAAGAUGAUCCCUGGUUAAUCAGAAAAGAUCACAAGAAAAACAAAGAUAAAAAAAAAAAGAAAAGUAUAGAUCCAGAUUCUAUUCAAAGUGCCUUAUUAGCAUCAGGUCUUGGAUCAAAACGACCUAGUUUUUCAUCUACACCAGUAAUUUUGCCUGCUCCUAACAGUGCACCAGCUAACAGUAACACCAACAGUAACAGUAGCCUUAUAACAAGUCAGGACGCUGUGGAAAGGGCCCAACAGAUGAAGAAAGACCUACUUGAUAAACUAGAGAAAUUAGCAGAAGACCUCCCUCCUAAUACCCUGGAUGAACUUAUUGAUGAACUUGGUGGCCCUGAGAAUGUUGCUGAGAUGACUGGUCGCAAAGGGCGGGUUGUAAGCAACGAUGACGGAAGCAUAUCUUACGAGUCGAGAUCUGAACUUGAUGUCCCUGUAGAAAUACUAAAUAUCACAGAAAAACAAAGAUUUAUGGAUGGAGACAAGAAUAUUGCUAUUAUCUCAGAAGCUGCCAGCUCGGGUAUUUCAUUACAAGCAGAUCGGAGAGCUAAAAAUCAAAGGCGAAGAGUUCAUAUGACUUUGGAAUUACCCUGGAGUGCUGAUAGAGCAAUUCAGCAAUUUGGACGAACUCAUAGAUCAAACCAAGUUACUGCUCCCGAGUAUGUGUUUCUGAUUUCUGAAUUGGCAGGGGAACAAAGAUUUGCUUCUAUUGUUGCCAAAAGACUUGAGAGCUUGGGAGCACUUACACAUGGUGACAGAAGAGCAACAGAAUCUAGAGAUCUGAGCAGGUUCAAUUUUGAUAAUAAGUAUGGAAGAAAUGCUUUAGAAAUUGUCAUGAAAUCCAUUGUCAACCUAGAUUCUCCUAUGGUAUCACCACCUCCAGACUACCCUGGAGAAUUCUUUAAAGAUGUUCGACAAGGACUAAUAGGAGUUGGCCUGAUAAAUGUAGAAGAUCGUUCGGGUAUUCUUACUCUAGAUAAAGAUUAUAACAACAUAGGAAAAUUCUUAAAUAGAAUUUUGGGCAUGGAAGUGCAUCAGCAGAAUGCGUUAUUUCAGUAUUUUGCAGACACACUUACAGCAGUUGUUCAAAAUGCCAAAAAAAAUGGAAGAUAUGAUAUGGGAAUUUUAGAUCUUGGUUCUGGUGAUGAAAAAGUGAGGAAAAGUGAUGUUAAGAAGUUUCUGACUCCGGGAUAUUCCACCUCUGGUCAUGUAGAGUUAUAUACUAUUAGUGUGGAGAGGGGAAUGUCUUGGGAGGAAGCUACCAAGAUUUGGGCUGAGCUGACAGGACCAGAUGAUGGCUUUUACUUGUCAUUGCAAAUAAGGAACAACAAGAAAACUGCCAUCUUAGUUAAAGAAGUGAACCCUAAAAAGAAGCUUUUCUUAGUUUAUAGACCAAAUACUGGGAAACAGCUCAAAUUAGAAAUUUAUGCUGACCUAAAAAAGAAAUACAAGAAGGUAGUCUCAGAUGAUGCCCUGAUCCACUGGUUAGAUCAGUAUAAUUCAUCUGCAGAUACUUGUACUCAUGCCUAUUGGCGUGGCAACUGCAAAAAAGCCAGCUUGGGAUUAGUUUGUGAAAUAGGUCUUCGCUGCCGCACGUAUUAUGUAUUAUGUGGCUCCGUUCUGAGUGUCUGGACAAAAGUUGAGGGUGUUCUAGCGUCUGUCAGUGGCACAAAUGUGAAGAUGCAGAUAGUUCGGCUAAGAACAGAGGAUGGACAACGUAUUGUAGGUUUGAUCAUUCCUGCAAAUUGUGUGUCUCCACUUGUAAAUCUCCUGUCAACUUCAGACCAGUCUCAACAGCUUGCGGUCCAGCAGAAGCAGCUCUGGCAGCAGCGCCACCCGCAGAGCAUCGCCAACUUGAGCAACGCUUAAGAACAGACAGGUUUCGACAUGGAUGUAUCUGAAAUGCUGUUGAAGCAUAUCAUUUGCAUAAAAAUCAGGGACAGUUUCCAAAGAAUUAUAAUUUUUUUUUCAGUUGUGCUCUCUCUAGUUAAUUCUUUUGGGAGUAAGGACAAACCUGGAAUAGAUAGCAAAACUGAAAAUCAGCAGUGCCGAUGGGGGUACAUAUGUCUUUCCUUUGCUUUUCCCAUGGUACUUCCCAUAUGCUUUUACUUUGGGUGAGCAGAGGGAUAUGUGCGCGUGUGUGUGUGUCUGUUUGUUUGUGAGUUUGUUAAAGGCUGCAAACCACAAUUGGUUUAAAAAUGCUUGGAACUUCCCAAACUGGCUUUACUUUUACGUUACACAGUGCUCAGGGUUAACGCAGUACAUCCAUGCAACUGCUGUGGGAGUUCUCCCCGGAUGCAUGUGUUUUGAGUCUAUAAAUAUAGAAAAUAUAUAUUGGUUUCUUUUUCCAACUUAUUAAACAAUAGGUUUAUUAAAGCAUGAAAUGAAAGGUUGCAUAUCAUGCAUUCAGGUUCUUUUCUAGUUUUUGUUCUGACAGUGCAUGUCUUUGAAAGCAUGCGUAAACAAGACUAAAACAAGUCAAGUAACGGAGAGAAACAUUUGUAGAUGUACAGCAUUGGUUAUUGCAUUUUUAUAGUGUUUAUACCUGGGUAUUGCUUCUUACCCUGCAAAUCUCAUCCCCAUCCCCAUUCUCCGUGCCCCAGGUUUCUGGUCAAGGUAAUGAGUACAUACAUUUUUUUGUGGUAAAACUCUUAAAAAGUUAAUUUUAAUGUAUUAAUAGUAUUCCUAAUGUGUGCUGCAAAAAUGGCUACAAGCCUGCUUUUCUUAAAAUUACAUUUUCCUUAACUUAAAGAUAGUUUUAGAAAGAAAUACAAAUUGGCUUCCUUCUUGCAAACAAUCUUUUUUUUUAACUUCAUUAUCUUAAUUUGUCACUCAUAAAAAAGGAAACCGUACUUGAGCUGUAAACUAGACAAUGAGGAGACACUUGAGGCUUCUGCUGUAUGUUUAUUUCUUGUUGUUAUUGUUGUUACCCAGUAACGUGAAUAUUGUUUAAUGUGUUGUAAGACAUUGUAGAGUUUAUCUCAAGCUGUUAAAAAUGGUGAUGUACAAAUGUGAAUAGAUACUUAUCUACAAUAUGGGUGAGUUUUGUUUCGCCUAUAAUAGAUGUUUAUAAAAACAAGUGAGGGGACAAUUGGUUUUUUUGUUUCCUUUUGUUUUCCUCUCCCCCCCCCUUUUUUUUGCUUGCACAGGUUGCACUAUUGAAAAAUUGAGAUUGUAUAAACCUGGUCAAAAGCUACAAGAUACCACAAUCUUGUAGGUGUCAAAUAAAAAGUUAUGAUACUAACC